UCCAACAUCGCCAUCAUCCACGCGUACCGCCACCUCCACCAACAUCUCCUCCGCGCCGUACAGUACUCCAAGCCCGCACGUUACAUUGUGCGAGACCGGCUACGAGAGGCAUUCCGCACAUGCAAGCCGAAAGACUACGAUGCCGCGAGAAUAGCUCGAACAUUGGAGUUCUUGAAUGGGGCGGCCAAGACGACAGGCUUGGAGCAUAAAAUCGUGAAGAAUUGGGUGCACGCUUGGUGGGGAAGGGAAAAGACACCUGGAAUGUCACCCAAACAUCAGAAUUAUGCGAUUCAGAAGGAAGCGUAUGCGGAGUUUGACCGGACGAUCGAGAAGCUGAACGAGUCUAUGGGGUUAUGUAUU